GACUGGUGGAUAUUUAUCCCAAACGCAUUGACGUCUCUCUUAGCGCCAUCUUUAGAAAUUAGUGAAGGAGAAACAAACUGAAUAAUCUUCGUCUUCUUUCUUUCGGCCCUGGAGAGCAGCUAGAGGUUACCGUUGGCCACAAAACUAUCGACGGCAAAAUCUUGCAGUAACCAUGGGAGUAAAGGUACAACGCCCUCGCUGUUUUUUCGAUAUAGCCUUCAACAAUGUGCCUGUGGGGAGAGUUGUGGUUGAAUUAUUUUCUGACGUAUGUCCUAAAACAUGUGAGAACUUUCGCUGCCUCUGUACAGGUGAAAAGGGAAUUGGAAAAGGCACUCAAAAGCCUUUACAUUAUAAAGGCUGUCUGUUUCACAGAAUUGUGAAGGAUUUUAUGAUUCAAGGAGGAGACUUCAGUGAAGGAAAUGGCAAAGGCGGUGAAUCCAUUUACGGAGGCUUUUUUGAAGAUGAAAGUUUUUCUGUCAAACACAACAAGGAGUAUCUGCUGUCUAUGGCCAACAGGGGCAAAGAUACAAAUGGUUCACAGUUUUUCAUAACAACAAAGCCAACUCCUCAUUUAGAUGGAGUUCAUGUGGUUUUUGGUCAAGUGAUCUCUGGCCAGGAAGUGAUCAAAGACAUGGAAAACCAGAAGACAGACGCCAGCAGUAGACCGUAUGCUGAAGUAAAAGUUCUCAACUGUGGGGAACUUAUUCCAAAAUCCAAGGCGAAAAAGGAAGAGAAGAAAAGAAAGAAGUUGUCUUCAAGUGAUUCCGAGAGCUCCAGUGACUCGCAUUCUUCAGAGUCAUCAUCUGAAUCGGAGGGUGAUUCAGAAAAGGAAUCCAAGAAAAAAAAGAAACACAAGAAAGAAUCUAAAAAACAAAAGAAGCAAAAAAAGAAAGACGAAAAGAAAAGUUCUGGAGAGGAGAGUGAAGAUGAAAAAAAUGAAGCCGAUCCCCUCUCCACUGUUCGUCCUGAGGAGAUCCCUGCAAUCCCAGAAAACCGGUUCCUUAUGAGAAGGAGCCCUCAACAGAAAGAGGAGACGGAAAAUAAAAAAGAAAAAGAAAGAGAGAGCAAUGUUUUAAACUCUCAGCCGUCAUCAUAUCAGAGAAGGCUGUUGGUAACCAGGUCUGGCAGGAAAAUUAAAGGACGAGGACCAAGACGCUACAGAACGCCGUCCAGGUCACGGUCUAGAGAUCGGUUCAGACGCAGUGAAACGCCUCCCCAUUGGAGGCAAGAGAUGCAGCGAGCUCGGAGAAUGAGGGCUCCCAGUGGUGAACGAUGGAUUAAAGGAGACAAGAGUGACUUAAUGGAAGGCAAUAAGGAAAUGCCAAAGCCUCAAGGAAGAGGAAGGGAAAGAAAGACCUCGGAGAAUAAACUCGAGACCUCAGACAGCCCCAGCAAAAGCAGGGAAAGGGAUAAGAGAGCUAGGGCACGCAAAUCCAGGAGCAAAGACAAGGAGUCGAGGAAAAAUGAAGAUAAAGAGGACAGACAUGACAAACACAAAUCUAAAAAGAAAGUAAAACCAAGCCGAAGUAAGAGUAAAGAAAAGAGAGCAAAAUCUGGAAGUAAAGAGCGAGAACAAAAAUGCAGUAAAGAUGAUGAAGAGAGAGCCAGAUCACAAAGCAAAGGCAGAAAUAAUACCAAAGGAAAAGAGAAGGAAAAAAACUCUGAAUCAGGAGUGAAAGAAAUGGAGAGGAGUAAAAGCAAAGAAAGGGAUGAAGGCAAAAGUAAAGACAGGUGUGCAAAAUCAAGAAGCAAAGAGAGAGAUUCCAACAAAGAAAAACAUGUAAGAUCCAGUAGCAAAACCAGGGAACAAAGCCGAAGCAGAGACAGAGGAAAAAGAGCUCAAUCCCAGAGCAAAGACCGGCAGCAAAAUAGAGAUAAGGAGGCAAAAAGAAGAGGCAGAUCAAAAAGCAGGGAGAAAAAGCGAUCUCCUGAAAAGGCCAAAACAAGGGACUCGAGGAGGAGCAGAAAAUCAAAGAGUUCUGAACAUGAAAGAACACGAAGCGCUGAUAAAGAAAAGAAUCAAAAUAAGGAGAGUUCACAUCAUAAAAGAAAUAGAACCAAUGAUGAAAGUCACCAAAAGAGAUCCAAAAGCAGAGACGGCAGCAGUUCUGACAGUAAGGAUGAAAGAAAGGCAAGAAAUAAACGUGGAAGAAGCCAAAGUCGAAGUCCCAGCUCAAAAAAAAAGGAAAGUAGUAAAGAGAGAGUAUCUUCACAUAAAAGUAAGGAAAAAGAAAAGAGAAAAUCCUCCAGUGAAGAGAGGAAUCAAAAGAGCAAGGAAAAAGAUAAAAACCAUAGUAAGGAAAAGUAUGACCGUGAAUCAAGCCCAAGUACAGAUUAGAGUGAUUAACCAAGAUGAACUGUGAUUUAAUGGACCUGUAGUCUGUUGUUGUCUGUAAUAUAAUUGCAGGCGCAUUACAGACAUGUCAUCUUUUUAAUAUACUUCAGUUGGCUCUUUAGACAAUCUGCAGCUUGGAAUAUUUGUAAUACUGACGUUUUAAUAAAUGUAUAAGUUUUAGGGGGAAACUUUUUUUGGUGUGUUACAGUAGAUUGAAGUUAUUUUUGGUAAUGCUUUACCUGGCUACAUUUAUUUUAAACUAUACAGGACUAUCUGUGGACAUCAAGAAGUGUGCUGAUUUACUGGAAUUCUUUGAGACCUGAUUCUAAAUUAUAAGGUGUCCAUACCUAGAUAUUUUUGUAACAUGAAAAAGUAUACUGUAAAUACCCAAUGUAAAGUCAGAAUGUAAGAUAUGUGACCUAAAAAUAAUGCAUUUUUUUGUUUAAAGCAUAGCAAUACCAGGGCUUGAUGUAACAGAAUUUUUUUUUUUUCUUUUUUUUGUGGCCCACGACGUAGUAUGUAUUGUUAGUCUGUUUCUUUAGAAUCCACUUGCAAUACUGUUGAGCAGGGCAGCUUUAUUGUAUUGUUAAUUCUUUACAAUGUUUGUUGUUGUCUGCUCUGAUUGUAAAAAGCACGGUUCUACAUCUGGAUCUCUAAUACUAAUACCCAUAUUCAGCAGAAACCUUCGAGUUCUUAAGCACAAAGUGAGCACUGGCCUGCUAGUUUUUUUAUUUUUAUUGUUUUCCCUCAGAACAAGGGCAUUAAACUAUUUUUUUUUUUUUUUUGUGCCAUUUCAUUGAGGUUCAUAUAAUUACUUUGGGACAGUAAUAUGAUUUUUAUUGUAUUUUAGCCAGUUCUCAGGACAAGAUUUGUAGAAGUACUACACCAAUUUGAGAUUGAGAUAUUUUGUAAAUGUGCAAAUUCAUAUAUUGGUAUGAGGCAAUUUUCCAAAAUGUUUUUAGUACAGUAUAAUUGAUGCUAUUAAUCCGUUUUGAGAAACUGCUUUUAAAUUGGGGAGGGGAGGAGAGAGGGGGGGUUAUAAAUUAGUUGCAAGGAUUGUUCCUUAAUUUCCUGAUAUUAAAUGCAUAUGUGUUUCCGUAUCUUGUUAUUUUUAGGGGCGAUUCAUGUGUCAUCUCCAUACUUGACUGCUUGCAUAUUUUCAGUUUCUGUAUUGGUGAUAAUAUCACCAACAAAAACUAACUUUAAUUCAUACUUACAAAUUGUUUUCUAUAAGUGUAUUUCUUUAUUUCCAUUACCAGUAUUCUGCAGCUCACUGAAAUGAAAAGUGCAUUUUGUGACUGAUUUCUUUGAAAGAACAGUUUUCAAUUUUUUUCAUCCAUAUGAAAACCCGUCUCAAAAUAAAGAUUUUUUUG